UUUCAUACACCUCCUCCCUUCCUGUUUGUAUAUUUAUACUUUAUACAUUUAGCUGAACUUGCUUAUAAUAAUCCGAAUAAUAAUAAUUGUACACAGACUUGUUAUUAUGUUAGUUAGUUGUUAUGAUUUAAUAUUUAUUCGGCCUUACUCUUAAUCAGCGGCACUCUUUUCCUUUAAGCAGAAUUUCACUCACCUGACGCGACCACACCUGAGCUGAACUUCCGCAGACUUUCAUAACAACAAUAAAGAAGAAGCAGGCGAAGAAGAAGAAGAAGAAGAAGCAGAAGCGCGAGGUGGGGAAGAGGAAGAUUAGAUCAAGUCCUUACGAUCUCCCCCCUGACAGACAGACAGACAGGGAGACAGACAGGUAGGCAUGUCUCUGCUGACAGACAAUAGUCUGGAAGACGCCCAGCACAUUACAGGAAGUACCAAGAUGGAAGACAGUGGAGGGACGAAGACCAGUCCGACUGAGGCAGAAGACAAGAUGGUGAAGUCUGCCAUGAUGGAGCCCAGCACCCUGCGAUGGCCUGGAGACAGACAAACAGGUGGCCAGACAGGUAAAGAUGACAGGAUGAGUGUGAGGUCAGAUAUUUCUCUACGAGAGGCGGCGAGUUGGACAGAAAGUGAGAGAGAGCUGUUGGUAGAGGGAGAGAGGAAGGGAGGAGUGGGUGAAGAGGAGGGGGCGGGGCUUAUGACACACCUGGAGGAGGAGGAGGAGAAGGAGCCUGUAGAGAACCACCUGCCAGAGAAAGCAGCUCAGGUGUUCAGUCCAGCAGUGACUGUCCUCCACUCGCCUUCCUCGCCCAGAGAGGAUAAUGCCUUCUGGGAAAUAGAGUCAGAGAAGAGCCCCUUCCUGGGUCCCCGAGGAGUGUCCCAGGACUACACCCAUCAUGGCUACCAGUAUGAGUGGGGCGAGGACACACCACCUGCCACAUAUGGGCAGGGUUGUCCCAGCAGGGACAUCCUGAAGAUGGGCGUGUCGCUGGUGACGUCAGCGCUGUUCUUCCCCUUCCUGGUGUGGGGGGGGUUUGUCUUUCUACCGUUUGACGCCCCCCUUCUGGAUGGCGCCCCCCACAGACUCGUCUACACGCUGCGCUGCUCCGUGUUCGCUGCCGUCCCCAUUGUCCUGGGUUGGCUGGUACUGGGGGUCAGUCGGCUCAGGUAUGGUGCGAUUCGGCCUCUGUUUGAUGACAAGGUGAAGGAGGCGGAGAUUCAGGAGGUCACCAUCCAUCGGCGUUUUGUCUCUGAUUCCACCUCGCUGUUCCUGAUCUACUUUCUCCAGCUGGUCGUCAUGGCGAUGUACCUGAGCCAGGAGCAGCUGAAGCUCGUCCCUCUGCUGACUGUCGUCUUUGCCUUUGGACGGCUGGUUUACUGGGUUGCCGCAGCUUUCAGCAGCAGCAUUCGCGGUUUUGGUUUCGGCCUCUCCUUCCUGCCAAGUCUCGCCAUGAUGGCUGCCAACAUCUACUUUAUCUUCACGGUGGAGGCGGCGGGAACCAUCUUCAGCCUCCCGCCUCCACCUGAGGAGGUGCUGCCUCCACCUGCUGGCAGACAGAGGUUCUGGGGAUGAGAGCUGAUUGUUAAUCUGUGACCUUCCUGUGAGGAUGAAGUUUAAACUUCAGUUUAAAGUUUUUAGGCAAUGUAUUGAAUAGCCCCGCCCACUCUGUGUAUAACCCCGCCCAUUACACCUGAUGUUGUUUCAUUCUCUUUGUUUUUGGUUGUUUCUGUCUUUUUGAAGAAGUUUUGCUGUUUAUCGACUUCCUGUUUACUUUCUGUGGUCUUCAGUCUGUUUCUGUUGGUCCAUUUUUUAACAUUUUAUUUUGUAAAAUCAGUUUUAUGAUCAUUAAAUAUUUGAUAAUGUUAAAAAAUAUAUCAGUAUGCUUCCGUUUUAUAUUUUACACAAGGUUUUACAUUUCACAAUAAAAGCAUAGACUUCAC